AUGGUCAUUCAUACACUUGAUCGAUAUCACUUAAUGAUUGUUUGUAAAUAUUUAAGAACAGUAGAAGAUUAUUUGAACAUUAUUUUUAUAAACUCAAAAUACAAAGAAAUACCAGCAAUGUUUCAUUAUAAUCCUAUUUCAAUAAAUAAACAAAGUAAAAAGUUGUUUAUUAAUAUUGAAAGUCAAUUCAUUUAUAGUAGAUAUGAUGAUUUAAUUAAUGGAAUGAAUAAUUACAUUGUUUGGUAUGGAUGUGGAUUAAAAACAGUUAAAUAUUAUAAAAUUUAUUAUUCUUUACGACCGAUAUUUAAAAGACUUUAUUUGAAUUAUACUCAAAUGAAAGAUUUUCAUAAAGAACAAGGAGAUAUUAUUUACUAUGGUUUUUCUGAACAUAUUAAAUCAAUUAAUGUUAUUGAUGUGUCUAAUUUUUAUGGACUUUCAAGAGAAUGUUUUAAAUUUAAUAAUAUUACAAGUGUUAUUCUUGGACAUCAUAUUAGAGAAAUACCACCAUUUUGUUUUGAUAGAUGUGGAUUAAAACAACUUGAUCUUUUCUUAUAUAACUAA